CUGUGAAGGUUUUUUUCGGGGGAGGAGGAUUGGUGAUGUGCAGCUCAUGAAAAACAACAAAGAAACUACAAAAAGCUUGCUCAGAGGGAUGUACGAUCGUUGGAGCGUCCAAGUGAUGAGACUUGGGCAUCUAAGAAUCAUUGACAGUGGACAGGUAUUAUCCAGUCAGCUCCAUGUACCCACAUCAGAUGAGGGGCUCCCAGGGAAGCCGGGCUAUCUUGCCACAAACCAGGCCUUGGAAUCCUUUGAAUGAACGGACACCUACUGGCAGCAAUCCAACCAUCGGUACAAACACUGCGAUGGCUUAUAACCCUAAGGCGUACCCACCCGGCUACCCAUGCAGUAUGUACCCAUCCAGCAACAUACCACAGAAGAAUCCUUGUUCUGCACCUAUUUCAAACUGUGCUGUUAUGCCUUCGGGCCCAAAUUCUCAUGAUAUAGCAUCACCAAUGUAUCCUUACUCAUCCAACAGUAUGAGCCAACUUGAUAUCCCGUGUCCACCGAACCGCACGUGCCCACCAAACAGUUCAUUCCCACUCAACAGCCAGUACCCAGUCAGUUCUCAGAGUUUAUUAACUAGCCAGCACACUCAGGGGCUAACAUACACCAAUGCACAGUGUGCUGCUGGCACAGCAUGCUCAGUGCCAGCAUAUUCAAGGGGAAGUCAGUGUUUUCAAAGCAAGCCUUCCUGCAUGAAAAUGCCACGAGUAUCAAGUACCAUGCCUGUAACUGGCUGGGAUCCUUAUCAACAAAAGGGCACAUGUUCACCCUCCUAUCAAAUGCCAAAACGAUCUGCCCAGGAUACUCCUGGACUAGAAAUCCCGCCUGCUAAAAAAGUCUGCCAUGACAAAAAUGGUCAGCCUUAUUCUGUUCAGUUGAAUGGCAUCCAGGAAGGUAUGCGUAUACAGGGUCAGUGUUACCUGACUGUCACCAGUACGCCAGAAUCCCAGUGUGACAUGUCAGCGAGAAAUCAACUGUCGUCAGCUCAAAAGUACAAUACUGCGAACAAGCUCGUGCCACCACAGUUUGUCCAAGGUCACCUGGCAAUGUCUGUAACACCAGUGCUGCUUAGUCCUCAGCGAGAAGCUGGCAUUCAAGAAUGGCCCAAAGGCAGUGAUGAAAAGACGUAUCACCGAUUGGUGUUCUCGGCAGUAAGUUUGGCAUUGAAGUAUCUGCCGAAAUUAAUACCAGCAAUAAGGAACUUGCGCUUGAAACACAAUGUGGUAUGCCUUUCUCCACCUGUAAUCAAGCAUUUGUUGUCCAUAGUCAAACCUGUAGAGGAGAUUAAACUCUUAAAGGUAUAUUUCCAAAACAAACUGGCAUUGUGCAGGAUUGUUAAUGGUGGGAAAGAUUGCCCGAUCUGCCAACGUUAUACAAGGUCUGACCAAUAUCUACGCAUACGUAACAAGAGUGAGAGCCCAACAAAUAUGUCAUCCAAACCUGUGUUCCCGGUACCAUCAGAAAGUCCCAGUGUCCAUCGAGUGACUUCAGGUAGGUCACAUUUGUCAGCUCUAGAAACCACUGUGUCUACCGUUGGUAAACCUGAUCAUGUUACUGGCUACAAACCAAAUAUGCCGUGCAGCACGUAUGCUGCACCUCCCCAAGCGAGUGCUGAUACUAAUGCCAUAGCUUACGCAAAAUCUGAAGACAGGGGACAUUCAGAUAGCCCAGAUAUCUCCAGUACUUUUCUGUCCGAGUCAGAAUUUAGGGAUCAACCAUUUGAUUCGUCGAAAAAAGUCACCGUUGAUCCGUGCAGGGAUGACAGUCAGAAUUCUGAAUGGGGAUAUCCACAGAAGUGCUCUCAGAACUUACCCAUAGCAAAUCUUAACUCCUUUGAGAGCUCUGUUGCAGGUACCCAAAGUUUCGUCCCCCCAGUGAAUGAUUCGCAGAGCUCACUAGUAACAAGUGUGAACCCACUGCAGAAUUCCGUACUCAGUACCCCAAAUUUCAUUUCCCCUAUGAAUCAUUUUCAGCGCUCACCAGCAACAAACCUGAGCCUACCUCAGAACUCAGUACCCAGUACCCAAAGAUUCAUUCCCCCAGUGAAUCGUUUGCAGCCCUCACCAGCAAUAGAUUUGAGCCCACCACAUAACUCGGUACCCAGUACCCAAAGAUUCAUUCCCCCAGUGAAUCGUUUGCAGCCCUCACCAGCAAUAGAUUUGAGCCCACCACAUAACUCGGUACCCUGUACCCAAAGGUUCAUUCCCCCAAAGAAUCAUCUGCAGCACUCAUCAGCAACAGAUUUGAGCCCACCACAUAACUCGGUACCCAGUACCCAAAGGUUCAUUCUCCCAAAGAAUCAUCUGCAGCACUCACCAGCAACAGAUUUGAGCCCAGCACAUAACUCGGUACCCAGUAUUCAAAGAUUCAUUCCCCCAAAGAAUCAUUUGCAGCACUCUCCAGCAACAGAUUUGAGCCCACCACAGAACUCAGUACCCAAUACCCAAAGAUUCAUUCCCCCAAAGAAUCAUUUGCAGCACUCUCCAGCAACAGAUUUGAGCCCACCACAGAACUCAGUACCCAAUACCCAAAGAUUCAUUCCCCCAAUGAAUCAUUUGCAGCACUCGCCAGCAACAGAUUUGAGCCUACCGCAGAACUCAGUGCCCUGUAUGCAGAGUAUCAGAUCAGCUGUAAACCAUGUACAGAGGCCACCAGUUUCAAAUGUUAUACCACAAGACAGCUUUGCACCAAAUACCGAAAGGUUUCUGUCCCCUCAGAGCCAAUUCCCGAGUCUUCGGUGUGCUUUAAACUGUAGUGCACCGAGUGUACCAAGCACUCGGCCAGCUCCAAGGAUGUCUUCAGUUACUAAUGUUACAACGAAGAAAGGUAUAUCCUCUGCGGCAAAACCUAUGCGUCACUCUGGGGAAGCCAUAAACCCUGAACAAGAGAUAAAGUACUCUCAGGCAAACGUAGGAACUGCUUUUCGCAAGACGUCGGAUAAGGCAUUCAGACAACAGGCAGCUUCGUUAAUGAAACUGCCGGAAACCAUAGGUGACCAGAAGCCAGUGUUGCAUGAAUCAGGGACGUUUUCGUGCUUUGCGUUGAAACCGUCUGAUCGAAACAAAACUCCUCCACGAGAACAGGUUUCUGAGCCUUUGCCCAAAGAGUUGUCGCCCGGAAUGCUUCUCCCACACCGUAUCCAAGCUGAGUGCAUUGUCAUAGAUGAAAGCGAUGACGAUGAACCGGUUGGGGCAGUAGAAAAUCUAGGAGUGAAGGAAAACCCCACACUUCCUAGAACUAGAACAAUAACAGUCGACAAUUCAGAAGCAGGAAAGGAUGACUCUAGUCGUCAAGCGGAGACAGGUUCCGAUGCUUGCACAGAUAACACCAGUGGCCAGCCAGUAUCAGCAGGUUCCCAAACUUGCACUGGUAAAACCUCUGGUAAAGUGUUGUCGACAGAUACCCAGCCAUGCGCGGAUAACACUGCUGGUCAGGUGGUAUCACAAGAUUCUUCUCAGAGGAUGUCAGCAUUUUCCGGGGAAAGUGCAGAUAACACAUCUGGUGAAGUGGUAACAAGGAGUUCCAAGGCAAGUACAGAAAACGCUGCCUCUGGGGAGAAAGACUUGGCAGCUCAGUUUUGCCAAAAUAGUUGUUUGUCCCCUGUUAAUCAAGAUAGUGCAAUUGCGAACAGUGAAAAUACGGCUGACAACAGUGAUAACUGUCUGCAGACUGUGGAAGGAAGUGGCACUGUUCCACUUAGUGAAGCCCUGAAGCAGCUCGAUAAUACAUCGAUUGAUUCACUGUUAGCUGAAGGUGAAGCCGCUUUUGCUACUUUUGUUUUCAACGAAGGUACUGGCGAUUUAGAAAUAACUACCGCCGAAUUCGGCGAUGUGGAAUGGAAAGAGUUGAUGCGAGGGUGAAGGGUCUUCCUGAUGUGCACAAAAUGUAAGCAGGGACAACAUUGUUGGACGGGAUUACAAAUGGUUAGCACUUUGUUGACAAUGAAGUUUUAAUAAUGAGAACUGGGAAUGUCUUGUCAAACGUAUCAAACGUAUGUAAUUUUUUACAUGUAGGGAACCUUGAAGUAAUUAUGAGCCUUAUGGAUGAGUUGGUGAUACCAAGCAUUUGCCAGAAAGAUUUUUUAACACGAAUUCACUUAAUACCUCAAAAAGUCUAUGUGACGGUACCAAUGUUGGUAUUAGAAGGUGAAUACUUUCUUAGUAAUAGUAACAACCUCCAUUAAGAACCAAUAAUCGAACAACUAAUGUUGAUUAAUGCUCAAGUCGUGUAUUUCAGCGUCUUUGGAACAAAACCGCACUAACAUAUAUUUACCAUGCCCAAGAAAGAAUCACGAGCAACAUAAGGACGGUAUGGUCUUCAGAAUAAGUGCUUCCACAGUGGAAUUUGCAAAAUAUUGUCUAAACUACCGUGAAUAACAGACAGAUUCUGUUAAUUGUCGAUCAGUGUUAUAUUCUGAUCUGUUUUUUUUAAUUGUCUUGAUUUGUACCGUUGUUCAUGACAAUUCAUGAAAUAACAUUUCUGUGUUAUUGUGUUAUAGUACGUGGAGGAAAUGGCAAAGUUUCUAAUCAUUUUUUGUUACACUGUUUCAGAACACUUUCUUAUUGUGCAUGAUGAGUAAAGCAUGUAUUGACAUUAUUACUGAAAUAUGAGUUGUUUUUUUGUCCAAAAAAAAAAUGUUUUUUCACUGAUAUAGUAAAUAUCCGAAAUUCCCCUGAGGCACGAUAGAGUAUUCAGCUAAUUACGGUCUACACCUCUAAAUUUGAUGCCAUAUUUUUUGUUGGAUUUUUUGUUGCCCAAAACGAAACGACCUGAAUCUUGGGAUCAAGUCUUGCAGACUCAGGAGCCCUUGCUGUGGUUACCCGCACAAGAGUAAAUUUCAAGGACUUUUUGUGUAUUGAUCAAGUAAUCAACUUGUUGACAACAAAUGUCUAAAGCAGAUGUCUUAAUUCCAGUGUCACGUUUAGUAAACCUCCUGUAUAGACACAUAUCGGCCUUUAGAUCUGUAGUAACGCUGUUCACUGUGGGGAUAUGAGAAUUUUUACCUCCCCAUGUUACAAAGCGCCCCAUGAUCACGUGGUAUUCGGGGCCUUGGUAGCUGCAAUCGGUUGACAGCCCUCGUAGGAGCGUGUCUGUGAUCUGACAUGGAAGCCAUCGAGCACGACAUACUCGUUCUGCGGGUAACUGUUGACAUUUAACCAUAAUUGAUGUAAAUCCUUGGCAUAUAAUUAUAUAUUUCCGUAGUGUGCUUGCAUGAAUGCACAAGACUAUCAGAUCGUUUACGCUUGCCCAGUGUCAUGAGAUCAAGAUAGAUGGGACAAAAUCCUAUUCGUUAUCGACCCAUUUAACUUCUUACAAAAGUAUAAUUUGGAGCCAGUUUGUUCUUUAUUUUCAAAUUAAUUAAAUU